GUCCAUGCCGUCAGUAAACACUAGAUGGCGGUACCAUUUUACCGACAUAAAAUGUAGACGCUAUCGGCUCCUAUGUCGCAAGACCAAAGAGAAGAACUUCCUGUCUCCCUGUCUCUCCAAAAAUGGCGGACACGUGUGGCCAAGUAUUGCUGGGAUCAGGGCUCACCGUCCUCUCUCACCCUCUGAUGUACAUUAAGGUCCUGAUCCAGGUAGGACAUGAACCACUCCCUCCCACCCUGGGCAGGAACCUUUUUGGCAGACAAGUCUACCAGCUGCCUGGACUGUUUGCUUAUGCAAAACACAUCAUCAAGAUCGAUGGCAAAGUGGGUCUCUUUAAAGGGCUUGGUCCAAGACUCUGUGCUGGCACCAUCGGCACCGUCGUACACAGCAAAGUUGUGCAGAAAUGUCAGGAACAAGGCACACCUCAGGUACUGGGCGGCCAGCAGAAGGCUGUGGAGGGCUCCCUACAGCACGUUGUUAACGAGACAACCAAAGAGAUGAUUGCUCGUUCCUGUGCCACCAUUGUCACACAUCCCUUUCAUGUGAUUACUUUGCGAUGCAUGGUCCAAUUUAUUGGGAGAGAAACAAAAUACAGUGGGGUGUUUGACUCUAUCGUCACAGUCUACCGAGAAGAAGGCAUACUAGGCUUUUUUGCUGGGUUGAUCCCUCGCCUGCUCGGGGAUGUUUUGUCUCUGUGGAUUUGUAACCUGCUGGCUCACCUCAUCAAUACAUACGCCAUCGAUGACUCGAUGAGUCACACAGGAGAAAUCAAGAACUGCUCUCAGGCUGUGACAGGGUUCUUUGCUAGUAUGCUCACAUACCCUUUCGUUUUGGUGUCAAACCUGAUGGCUGUCAACAACUGCGGGCUCGCUGGGGGCCUGCCACCCUAUGCAUCAGUAUAUCCGACCUGGGUGGACUGCUGGAGGCAUCUAAGCCGAGAGGGCAACAUGAGCAGAGGAAACAGUCUAUUUUUCCGGAAGCUUCCAGCAGGAAAGAUGUAUGCAGUUGACCAGAAAAGAUUUUUUUAAAGCCUCAAGAGAACUGAGCUCAACAAAGUUGUGAUAAUAAAGAAAAGAAAAAAAAAAACAUUGCCUGAUCUGGGAGUUGGACAGUCAGCACUUAAUCUUUUUGUAUGCACUUGUUUACAUGUGAAUCAUCAUGUGAAAUAAAAGCGCAUUAGUUUCCAGUUAAUUUCCACCAGGUUUUGUUUUAACAGAAAUUUGCAGAUUGAAACUGCAGGGUUGUAAGACAAUAGGCUGUACGAGUGUGUGUGUGUGUAUGUGAGACACACACACACACACACACACACACACAGCACUUCAGUCUGCAUGUGGUAAUGUCUAAUAAUACACGUUAAUGAUGAAGUGGGACCUCUUGUCAUAUGGUAUUGUCUUGAUGUGUUAAUUGUUGUAAACCUCACUGCCCGACGGGCAUGUAAAGCUAAUGAAAAGGAGGGAAAGCAGUCAGAGGUAGUGGUUGUUCAGGAGCAUGUAUGGAUGUACUAAGUCAUGGCAGGUAGCCUGAGCUGAAAAUCUCUUGGCACUGUGAGCAGUCAAGUGCUUGUAUCAACUCUUUCUGACUGACCCAAAUAAAAACUGCUUUUUGUUUGA